AUGGCUUCCUUUUCGCUGUCCAUAUUAGUGUUUUUCUUUUCUGCUCUUGUCCUUGUUCCUCAAGGCUUUGCUGAAUAUUACCUUUAUCCUGCUUAUAGGCCACCACAAACGAAACCACCGGUGAAUAAGCCAUCACACAAGGAACCACCGGUGAAUAAGCCACCACACAAGGAACCGCCGGUCCACAAGCCACCACACAAGGAUCCACCGGUUAAUAAGCCACCACAAAAGGAAUCACCAGUGCACAAGCCACCACGAAAGGAAUCACCGACGCAUAGGCAUCCUCCAGCAGAAGAUAACAUCCAUUUCUAA